UUUCAACAAUCUUCAACAUUUUUGUUUUCUUGACACGUUAUCUGUUUCUUGAUCUAUGAUUGUUCCUUUCUAUUAAUAAUAGUUUUCCUCCAACUGUUUCUUUUUGUUUAUCGCUUGUUUUUCGUCGUCUUAUUGUUAUCUUCUUGGAAUCAGCUUGAAAUUUGUCAUGCAGCAAAUUUAUUUCAACCGGAUACGUAAGCCUUCGCCAGUAAAGGAUAAGAUGGGAAAUUCUGACCUAUCAAGUAAAUCAUCGACACCUUGCUCAUCAACAUCUACUCUUAAAGUAUUACGGCAAUCUUUUAAUUGCUUCUCAGCUAGCUCGUCUCAAGAUGAAGACAGAUAAACAAGAAAAUUAUCAUCUGUUUGGCUGCUGGUUUUGUUGGUACUUUUCUUCUGCUUUUGUGUUUUAUUCAGUGCCUCUGCUUGAUUGUCAAUUUUGAUACUUGACUCGUUUUUAGCUGCAUUUCUUCAUCUCAACGGUGACUGCUUGUUUCAUCUGUUUAAUCCAUUUGUCUUUUUUCCACACUGAAUCAGUAUUGAUCUCAAUUAUAAGCUAAUAAUCUUUAUCAUUUAAUAGCUUAACCGAUUAUUUCAACUGCUUGUACUAGUUAAAGAUGUACGACACUUACACCAUUUCCAACAAACGAGGAUCACUUAAAGCAUCCUUAAUCAGUGUUGGAGCUUCGAUUAAAAAUCUAUAUGUAGUCGAUAAAAACGGCGAGGAAAGAGAUAUUGUCCUUGGCUUACCACAACCAAGCGAUUACAUUGACAAGAAUGUACCUUACUUUGGGUGUGUAGUUGGCCGAGUUGCUGGCAGAAUCAGAAAUGCGUCUUUUAAAAUUGAUGGCAAGAGCUACUCGCUGGAGGCUAACAACGGUCCUAAUUGCUUGCAUGGAGGAAAAGUUUCUUUUAGCCACCGCCCUUGGACUGUAGAAAAUCAAACCGCAAGCUCAAUUAAAUUUUCGAUUCUUUCCCCGAACGGUGAUUGUGGUUUCCCAGGGACUCUAAAAGUAUCCAUUGAAUAUGCGGUAAAUGACUCUGAGGAGCUGUCAUUAAAUUAUGAGGCUCAAUUGAUCAAUGAUGACGAAGAAAAGGAUAUUGCAGCAACAAUCGUUAAUCUUACAAAUCACACUUAUUUCAAUUUGAGUGGAUUCAAAGACCUUAAUGAUUUAACAGUUGUCAACCAUAUUGUACAAACUGAUUGUAACCGAGUCUUGGAAAAAGAUGACUCAUUGACAGCAAAUGGAAAAAUCAUAAAUGUUGAAGAUAAUCCUGCUCUCAAUUUUACCAAAGCCAAAAAGAUUGGUGACUUCAUUGAACAAAUUGGUGGUUAUGAUGAUUGUUAUCUGGUUCCAGGUUAUAAAGAGGACGAUCCAAAGAGUGAAUCACAAUGUAUUCCUGCCAUCAGUGUUUCAUGUCCAAGUUCAGGAAUAAAAAUGACAAUGUCUACUACUGAGCCAGCCUUCCAAUUUUACACAGGAAAUUUUCUUAAUCCUUCAAUCCCAACCAAAAGCUAUCCACACCAGAGUGACAUUCAAUAUGAUAAACAUUAUGGUUUCUGUUUGGAGGCUCAACGUCCACCAAAUGCUAUAAACAUUCCUGGAUGGGAGAAAUACGUUAUUUUGCGUCGAAAUCAAACUUAUAAACAAACAACUGUUUAUGCAUUUAAAAACGAUGAUAACUAAUGUUGGUAAUCCGAUAAAAUGGAUAUGAUGAUUAAUCAAAGCUAUAUUUGGAUGAUUGGUUUCUACUUUUAUAUUACUCAAGCCUGUUGAUUCUCAACGAGAAAUAAUUUUCGUACUCAAAUGGAUUGGUACAAAAAUUAUCUCCAUCUAAAUGAAAACAACAAAACUUGCUUAUCAUAAAUUAUCAUAACAAUAGCGUUUAAUGAAAUAUUUAUUUCUUCAACCUUUCAAUGCAUUUUAUGAUUUGUUAUGAUAUCCUGAACCUUGCUAUAAAACAGUUUUAUUGAAGUUUCUGUGAAUUUCAAUCAAAGAAAAAGAUGGAAAUGAUAAUGAUAAGGAAAAUAUAAAUGUACUCACUUGUUUUUAUUUUUUGUGUAGGUUUAUAAUUUUUGGUGGCUUUCAAUUUAUUUUAUCAUUUCCUUUCAAUAAAUGAUGUACUCUAGCUUUCAUUUUUGAUUGAUUUUUGUUACAUUGACUGAAAA